GCGUCCGGAGGCGCAGAUUCGCGACCAGCCGCUCUGUGGCGAAUGUGCGGCGCGGGGCGGGGCGGGGGCAGUGUCGUCAUGGCCGCGGGCACGGCGCGGCCGGCGCGGAGGAGCAAGAAAGUUGUUGAUUAUUCGGAAUUUGGUGAAGAUGAUGAUGAAGACUUUGCAUGUAUAGCUGCACCUUUAAGCAAAAAAUCCAGAACACAGCUGAAGGAACCAAAGAAGGAGAAAAAAGAGAAGCAAAAAAUAACACACAAAGAAUUAACUCCAUCACAAAAGCAGGCACCUAGUAAAAGAAUAUCCUUGGAUGACAAACUCUAUCAAAGGGAUCUGGAAGUUGCCUUAGCCUUAUCUGUCAAAGAAAAACCAACAAAUAUCCUUGAGGUGCAAAAUUCAGAAGAACAAGGUAAGAAUAUUGAAUCAGAAAAUAGGAGACCUGUUUUUACCAACUGCAGCGUAGACAGUGAACUUUUAGGUCUUGAUCAGGUUCUACAUGAUGACAUGCCUAGAAGUGGCUGUAGGCAAAGGACGGCAGCAUCUAAAGCUCUGUCACAUCAGAAGAAGUCACUGACCAUUGACAGUGAUGACAGAGAGCACGUUACUGACUCUGAGCCAGAGUCUGUACCAGAUGAGGAAUCAGAAGAAGAUUCAGAUUAUAAUGAAGGUGAUGAUGAAGACUUUGCUAUGGAAAAAAAGAAAGCCAAAGGAAAUAAAAAAGAAACCAAACAAAAGAGGCAGGCUGAAAAAGAAAAGAAGACUCCCACAUCCAAGAUUAAUACUACUGUAUCGCCUGUAGUUUCUCCUUCACUGGUAAUGGAACUAAAAUCUGAGCCAACACAGAUGUCCAGUUCUUCAGAACCAAUUGGAAGGCCUUUACAUGCAUCAAGUCCUGUAACAGAGAAGAAGCCUAAAUGGAUACCACCAGCUGCAUCGGGAAGCACUAGUAACAUUGGGAAAUAUGCUUUGGUUAAGUCACCUACUCAUGGUCUUAGACUUGGCCUCUCCAGACUAGCAAGAGUCAAACCACUGCAUCCCAGCGCUACCAGCAGUUAACUGGUCAUUGACAAGGUAUCCUGUGAAGGACUGUGUUUAGAAAAGACUUUGGAAAGCAUUUUGCUUAUAAGUAGAGCGUAGAAAACCAGCGGACAGCAAAAGCUUCAUGGCAUCAUCUGCUUUGCGGGACAGUUGUUAUGUACGUUUCUAAUACUGCAGAGUUUUUAUUCUGUAAAAUGCUAGGCAUCCCUAACUGCUAUUGAAUAAUAAUAUUUUUUAACCAAGGUGACAUCUGGUCACUAGUUCUUUUAUGGGUUAUACUCUGAGAUAGGGGUUUAUAAUAAUUGUCAUUCUCUGAUACCUGAACAUGCCAUUAAAAUAGUCAGAAAUA